AUGCUUGACGGUGUCACCUGGAUUAUCGGCCUCAUCUCCAUCGCGCUCUGCGCAAGUGCCUUUGGUAAUGGCGCCAACGAUGUUGCCAACGCUUACGCGACCUCGGUCGCCGCCCAGACCCUGACGCUCGCCCAGGUUGGCGUCCUGGCCAUGUUCACCGAGUUCAUCGGCGCCGUCGCCCUCGGUUCGCGUGUGACCGACACCAUCAAGAGCGGCAUCAUCGACAUUGAACACUUCAGGGCCGACCCCGCGGUCCUCGUCCUCGCCAUGGGCUGCGCCGAGGUGGGCAGCGCCACCUGGCUCCUCACCGCGACCAGGCUGGGCUUUCCCGUGUCCACGACCCAGACGAUCGUCGGCGCCCUGGUCGGUGCUGGCAUCGCCUCGCAGGCAUCAGUCAACUGGGAGUGGACCAAGGGCAGUGUCAGCCAGGUCGCCGCCUCCUGGGGCAUCGCCCCCUGCUUGGCCGCCUGCUUCUCCGCCAUUCUCUUCUCCACCAUGAAGUUCACCAUUCUCGAACGGGAGGACUCCUUCAAGAAGGCGAUGCGCGCGAUCCCCUUCUACUUUGCCUUCACUGCCGGCGUCCUGGCCCUCUUCUUCAUCAUGGAGAUCCCCAUCAGCCCCGGUAUCGAGGGAGAGGGUGCGCUCGCCCCGGGUGUCGUCGUGGGCAUUGUCUUGGGCGUUUUCUUUGGCGUCCUGGCUAUCUCCUUCAUCUUCUUUGUGCCCUUUUUCAAGGCCCGCAUCGAGCGUCACGAUCAUCGUCUUCGAAUCUACCACGUCAUCCUCGGCCCCCUGCUCCUCCGCGACAACCCUCCCCUGUUCUGGCCAGGCAAGGACAACAAACCCCUCAAGGACUACUACGCGUCCACCCACAUGACACACACGGACAAUGACAGCGACCAGGGCGUCCGCAAGGAGGCACCCGCCGACAACGAUGCGACCGGCCUCCAGGGCACCGGCAGCGAGGAUGCUGUCCCUGGCACGCAGUCCAAGACCAUCAACGACGCAGAAGCCGGCGGCGCGCCCACCUCGGUAGUGUCAAGCAAGGAGCCCAAGAUCCCAGAGCCUGAGGAUCGCUGGUUGAAGCCGUACCAGCACCUGCCCAUCUACAACCCCACCCGCCUGGGCUACAUGGUCAAGUACUUCUUCCUGCAGGGUGUCUCCCGCGACUGCGUCUCGCACGCCAAUGUCCAGCUGGCCAACGUCCACUCCCGGGCCAAGCGCUACGACAACCGCGUCGAGUUCCUCUGGAGGUACGCCCAAGUGGUCAGCGCCAUUAUCAUGUCGAUUGCGCACGGCUCGAACGAUGUCGCCAACGCCCUGGGCCCCUGGGUUGGCGCGUACAACACGUGGAAGACGGAGCGUGUGGAGGAGGAGGCUGACACGCCCAUCUGGAUCAUCGUCGUCGCCGGUUUCCUGCUGGGCGCCGGCUUCUGGUUCUUCGGCUUCCACAUUAUCCGCUCGCUCGGCAACAAGAUUACGCAGAUGAGCCCCACCCGUGGCUUCGCGGCCGAGCUCGGCGCCGCCAUCACCGUCCUGCUCGCCUCGAGCCUGGGCCUGCCCGUGUCAACGACCCAGUGUGUCACGGGCGCCGUCAUUGGCGUGGCGCUCAUGAACCUCGACUUUAGCGCCAUCAACUGGAAGCAGCUUGGAUUCAUCUUCUGCGGCUGGGUCCUCACCCUGCCCUCGGCCGGCCUCAUCUCGGGUCUCCUCCUUCUCAUGGCCCUCAACGCGCCCUCGUUCUGA